AUGGAGAACCAGACAUGGAUUGGAGAUGUCUUACUCCUAGAGGGGUUAAAGGUCACCCCACAGUCUUCCAUUCCUGUCUUCAUCAUCCUUUUGGCCGUCUACAUCUUCAUCAUGGUGUCCAACAUUGGCCUGACAGUUCUGAUCUCAGUGGAGAGAAGCCUUCACCAGCCCAUGUAUCUGCUGUCCUGCAAUCUAAACAUCAAUGAUGUCUUCGGUGCUACGGCCAUUUUACCUCGCUUGAUAAGUGACAUAUUUACAGAAAGUGCAGAGCGCUACAUUACUUACAUGGGGUGUGUACUCCAAGCAUAUUUCUUUCAUCUUCACAUAGGCACUUAUCUCUCGGUUCUAAUGAUCGGUCUUACUGCCCGCCUGUCUCGCUGUAGGAGCACGAUAACAAAUCCAUUCUGUGAUAAUGCAUCUCUGUUCAAACUCUCCUGUGAGAAUGUGGCGAUCAAUAAUAUUUACGGCCUUGGGUACACUGUUGUCCUACUAGGGUCCUCACUUGGCAGCACACUGCUCACCUACCUAAAGAUUGCCAUGGUGUGCAUAACCAGUAACAACAGGGCGUUAAAUAGCCGGGCCUUGCAGACCUGCUCCACGCACCUCACGGUGUACCUCAUCAUGAUGAUCUCAGGGUUCAGCUUUGUGGCUCUGCAUCGUUUCCCUGAGUUAUCAGAGCAGAGGAAAAUGGCGUCCAUUGUGAUCAUGUUGGUUCCCCCUGCUUUCAACACUGUCGUCUAUGGGCUGCAAAUAAAACAGAUAAGACACAAGAUCUUGGCCUUGUUUAAUCACAACUAA